AAUUGUUUUGUGUUUAUGAGUAGACGCUGAACGGUUGAGGCACUUUUGUUGGCCUGUGGGAGUUUAUUUAUCUCGUUUUCUGAAUUGAGAAGAAAAGAUUGUUCUUUACAGUAACGAACCUAACAGAUAAUCCAAAAAGUAAAAUGGGUAAGCGAAAGAGUAAGAGGAAGCCUCCAACUAAACGCAAAGCUAUCGAGCCCUUGGACACGCAAUUCAACUGUCCAUUUUGUAACCACGAAAAAUCCUGUGAAGUGAAAAUGGAUAAAACACGGAACACUGGUAGAAUCACAUGCAGAGUUUGCCUUGAAGAUUUCCAGACCACAAUUAAUUUCCUGUCUGAGGCUGUGGAUGUUUAUAAUGAUUGGAUUGAUGCUUGUGAGACAGCCAACUGAAGAUAGUUGAAGUUUGACUGCAGAAACUAAACUCAAUUACUCUUUAAAUGGAAGAAUUAAUAUUCAGGAAAAUUUCCAACUGUAUUUCACUUUCAUGUUUUCACUUUGUUAAUACAGGACUCACAUAUG